GAGAGGCGGCGAAGGGCGAAGGAGCAUCUCUCAGAAGGGGACGCCGCUGCGAGCCAAAUGUCUGAGAGCCAGCCGCGCCUUUUCUCGGACCCUCGCGGAGGGCUACUGUGAUGCUAUAGAACUGGUAGGAGCGACUCGCUGCCGCCGCUCUCUCGGUUCUUGGAGACCCCCAGCGCCCACCUUCUGCAGGGAACGACCAUGACUGUAGCUCGUGACUUAUCUGCCGGCCACUUCCCAUAGAAAGAAAUACUGGAAAAAGUUGCAUUAUCAGAAAUCCGUGUGCUGACCUUUGGGGCCGUGGGGGCCGAAGCAGUGUGCGUGCCUGUGCAAGCAAGAAAGCAAAAGGUGUGUGUGUAUGGGGGGCCGCGGUGGGGGCACCCUCCGCUGCCACUGUGCCUAACGUUAUACUGAGGCUCCGGCCCCCAUCCUUGGGACGCCGGGGCUGCGAUGAACCCCUGCGGGCAGGCCCGGCGACACACGUCCAGAGGGGCCAUGGCCAUACUGGCGUGGAAGUUCCCGCGUACCCGGCUGCCGGUGGGAGCCAGUGCCCUCUGCGUUGUGGUCCUCUGUUGGCUCUACAUCUUCCCAGUCUACCGGCUGCCCAACGAAAAGGAGAUCGUGCAGGGGGUGCUGCAACAGGGCACAGCGUGGAAGAGGAACCAGACAGCAGCCAGAAUCUUCAGGAAACAAAUGGAAGACUGCUGUGACCCCGCCCAUCUCUUUGCUAUGACUAAAAUGAAUUCCCCCAUGGGGAAGAGCAUGUGGUACGAUGGGGAAUUUUUAUACUCAUUCACCAUUGACAACUCAACGUAUUCUCUCUUUCCCCAGGCAACCCCAUUCCAGCUGCCAUUGAAGAAAUGCGCGGUGGUGGGAAAUGGUGGGAUUCUGAAGAAGAGUGGCUGUGGCCGUCAAAUAGAUGAAGCAAAUUUUGUCAUGCGAUGCAAUCUUCCUCCCUUGUCAAGUGAAUACACUAAAGAUGUUGGAUCCAAAAGUCAUUUAGUGACAGCUAAUCCCAGCAUAAUUCGACAAAGGUUUCAGAACCUGCUAUGGUCCAGAAAGACAUUUGUGGACAACAUGAAAAUCUAUAACCACAGUUACAUCUACAUGCCUGCCUUUUCUAUGAAGACGGGAACAGAGCCAUCUCUCCGUGUUUAUUAUACACUGUCAGAUGUUGGUGCCAAUCAAACAGUGCUUUUUGCCAACCCCAACUUUCUUCGUAGCAUUGGAAAGUUCUGGAAAAGUAGGGGAAUCCAUGCCAAGCGCCUGUCCACAGGACUCUUCCUGGUGAGUGCAGCCCUGGGCCUCUGUGAAGAGGUGGCCAUCUAUGGCUUCUGGCCCUUCUCUGUGAAUAUGCAUGAGCAGCCCAUCAGCCACCACUACUAUGACAACGUCUUGCCCUCCUCUGGCUUCCAUGCCAUGCCUGAGGAAUUUCUCCAACUCUGGUAUCUUCAUAAAAUCGGUGCACUGCGAAUGCAGCUGGACCCAUGUGAGGAGCCCUCGCUCCAGCCCACUUCCUAGGGACGGUGGAAGGAGACAGAGGACUGAGCCAGGGUCUUUUUGUUAGGUUUUCUAUGUGACUCCAAAGGAGAAUGGUCAAGUUUUUCAUGGAUUUGCAUGGGCUACUUGGAAAAAGAAGAGAAGAACAACAAAAACCCAAGCAAAACUCUACUUUUAAUGACAGCUUGGAGGACAAAGAAGAAACGAAACAUCCUGUGAAACGUUCUACAGCACAUGGUGAAUUUACAACUCAUAAAAUGCCGAUGCAAUGACAUUGGUAAAGCACAUAUGUGUGGUUCAUAUCUAGAAGAUGCAAUUCAAAAAUAAGAUGAAUGCUAGUUGUUGAGGCUACGGAACUAAUCAAGGAGGAAUAAAGGAAAUGCCAGGGCAAAAGUGUUGCUGGCUCAUAAUAAUUUUAAAAGACCUGUCUUAUUAAGACUAGCAUUAGGACUGUAGGUUUUUAAAAAUUAUAAUUUAUUUUUUGCCCUGUUUAGGGGCAGUGGGUAGAUGAUGGGGUAGAUUUUAAAAAAUCCCGCAGUGGGUAGAUGAUGGGGUAGAUUUUAAAAAAUCCCUUAUUGAGUAAUAAGGAUACAAAAUGCUGUAACUGAUUAUUGUGAUUUGUUGAACCAAGUCUACAUUAACUAUAGUUCUCCUCCAUUUCUAAAACUUUAAAUAAGAUUUGUUUCUUCCCCUUUUGUCAAGUCUACUUAGACAAUGUGAAGCAUUGUUGAAUUUAGACUGUGUUGAUUCAUAGUCUGGAUAACAUGAGCCACUUUCCUGCCUCAGAAUUUAAGAUGUGAAUUCGAUUUUAGGUCUGCAUUAUGUAAACCUGUUUGCAUUGUUAUCAUUAUUUUAGUGCAAAAAGAGUACAUAUGGAAUACUCAUUUGUAAAUGGCAUAAAUGCCUCCAUAAUGUAAUGUUCAGAGAUGAAGUAAAGCACAGUGACAUAAGGUGAGCAUCUGUGGAAGAUGAACCAGAAGGCAGAUCCCUUUCCUAUCUAACAUAAUAUAUUCACUCCAAGAUACAUCAUAUGUAUGCACCCAUGCAUAUAGACAUGUACGCUCUCACACCCACUACACAGAGAUAAAGCUCAUUCUUGUGUAACUAUGAAUGCUAUACCCACAUGACUUGGUAUGGCAAAAAUCAGUUUUAGAGAGCUACGUAUAAACUGUUUGGUAACACAACUUGCAGAUAUUAGACAUGCGAGUAUAUUGGUUGCUGCUUGUCAUACCAGCACAAAAGGCAAGUAUAACCCCCAAACACUUAUUCUAGAAAGAGCAGAAUUGUUUUAUUCGUUGAUUCCCACCAAAAUCUCAUGAAUGGGCCCUAUGUUAAGCAUGGUCCCUCAAGGCAUGUUUCAUACAAGCAAAUUGAUAUGAAUUAGUAGCUACUUACUUCCUUAAUAACAGGGAGGAUUACAGCAGCUUUUGACAUACAGAAAGAAAAACCUGCUGUUAUUGUAAGUUGCCAAAUAUGUUUCCAUAUAAGGGAAAGGAAAUCUCUCACUGUCUUUGUGCUUUAAGAUGUCUUAUGUUAAAAGGAGACAUGAACUCAUUAUCUUUAUUCUUUCAAAUAUCAUCAAAAUGUUGGUAAACUGUACCAAAAAGUUCUACCACGAUUUUAAUGGUAGAAACUUGGCAUACCAUAUAGACUAAAACAAGUGGGAUUUUUUUUUAGUGAGUUAAUUUACAAGAUACCAACAUUAACAAAGACUUUGGAAAAAUCCUACAUCAUUGGAGUAGGAAAUUUCUAAUUGGGGUUGAAUAUUGAAAUUAUUACAGAAAUUAACAUUUUAAAUCUGAUUGGCAUUACACAGAUUAAAUUGAUACUUAGAAAGUUAAGUGUUUGAGAAUGUCAAUUCUAUGCAGAACUAAUUUACUCUUUUGAUCUUGUGUGGCAGCAGAACGUAAUGGGAAGUUACUAUGAGUGAGCUGUGCUAAAUAUUCACUGAUAUGCACUCCUGAAUAUAUUUCCUCUUUUUGAACUAUUGUUAUUAUUUAAUAAUUGAUUGAAAAAGGAAUACAUUUUUAACAAUAUACUUCAUUAAAAAUAUAAAAGGGCCAAUGAAGAACACACAUAAAAAUUAACUAAAUGUGACAUUCAAAUUAGUACAUUAAUUGUUAAAAUGAAAUUAAUGAGUUCAUAAAGCCCAUACCUCACAGUUCUGUUGAAAAGCUAUCUGGAAGUUUUACUUUUUGUUAUGAUUCCUGGAAUAGAUUUAUGUAUAGAUUUGUACAAUAUUUAGUCUAUAAUUUUUUAAGUUUUUGGUGCAUUGCAAUUAUAUGUAAUAGAAGGAUUUUUGGUUACAUAUUUGUACAUGCACAAAAGAUAACGAUAUAAUUUUAGUCUAUACAGUUUUUAAACUAUUAUAUGUGACUUCUGAAACGCAAAACAGAAGUGGCCAGGACUGGCAAUGUUUGAUUAGACCUAUGCUUCUCAACGGGGGUGAUUCCUCUUCCUUCUGGUGUCAUCGGCAAUGUCUGGAGACGUUUUUCAUUGUCAUGACUCAAGGAUGCUACUAACAUGUAGUGUGUAGCAGCCAAAAAUCCUGCUAAAUGUCCUAAGGUACAUAGGUCAGCCUCUCAACACGUCAUUACCCAGUCUAAAAUGUCAGUAGUGCCAAGGUUGAGAAACCCUAGAUUAGAGCAAAAUUAAAAUUUGAUUGUUCUUUUCAUUUACAUGCUCAUACUAAAGUAUGACUACAAUUUAAUGAUAAUGUUUUCUUAGGGUAGAUUAUGGUUAAGCGUUCUUUUGUAAAGGUGAUAGUUCAUAGGUAUGCCACACAUAUACCUGUUUGUUUUUUUUACUUGUUUAGAUGAAUGUUUCUAAACAAGAAAUGUGUGUAAGUGUGUGUAGCAUGAAGUCAUUCAUCUCUGUCUUUACUGAAGUAUAUGUAUUUCUAAGUAAGAAUUUCUCUAGAAUUGUCCUGGAGAGUUGUGUAGUAAUACUCUAUUACCACUAAGAAGUUGAAUUCUAAAGUCUCGUAAUUUGAUUUUGUUUAUAUGAUAUUAAGUUUUUCAAAAUUGGGCCUGGUAGUUUACCGAAUUUGGUCAAUUUUAAUAUUUCUGACACUUAAGAUUCAGCUUAGAAGACAUUUAGGCUAUUUAAAACACAUCCAGAAAGAAAGUUUAAUCACAUUCAAUGUAUCUGCCAAAAGAGGGUAUUCCUUUAUACCAUUAGAUUAAUAUUUUAACUUCUUUUUUCAAAAUUUAAGUCGACAAAAAUUAGAUCGCUUCAUGGGGGCAAAGGGAAGGAGGGAGAGAUGACAAAUGAGUACCCUCAUUUUUAUUAGCCCCAAUUUGAGAAUUGAUUCUGAAGAUCGUGAAUAAGAGUUGUCUCUGUUUAAUUUUAACCACACUUCAGUAUAAUUAAGAUAGAUGAAAGAUUAAGUCAUUCCAUAGGAAAGAGUAGUAAUGUUUUAUAUGAAAGAUUGUUUGUGGAAGAGGUCUUCUGGACAUUUUUGCUUUAUAGAGAGCAUUUUUUUUUUUUUUUUUUUUUGGUACUGGGGAUUGAACUCAGGGGCUCUCGACUACUGAGCCACAUUCUCAGCCCUAUUUUGUAUUUUAUUUAGAGACAGUGUCUCACUGAGUUGCUUAGCACCUCGCUUUGGCUGAGGUUGGCUUUGAACUUGCAAUUCUCCUGCCUCAGCCUCUCCAGAGUUGCUGGGAUUAUAGGCGUGUGCCACUGUGCCCAGCAUAGAGAUCAUUUUAUCACAAGGUUAUACAAAAUUGUGCAUUUAAACUGUGUAAUUCUUACACAAGAAGUUAGGGAAGUGCUCAUCAGAUUUUGUUUCUGUAUAAGUUUAGUUAUUUUAGCAAAGGUAGAAAAUAAAUGAUCCAAAAUGGCAGAUGUUUAGACAAUAUCCUUUGUUUGGCUUUGCGAUAUCUCAUGCACUUUAGGGAACUAAACAUUUGAUUAGGCUAAAUAUAACUCGUACCCAAAGCAGUCUGGAUCAUGUGGUUUAAAUGGAAAAUAACUGAAGACAUCCUGGGAAUCUUCAAUGUGCCACAAAUAUUCUUAGAUUAGUCCACGUCUUGACAGGAGUGGUAUAGAUGAUCCAAAAUGGAGACAACAUCAGCAACAUUCUUCUUUUCAGGAAUUAUGACAGUUUUAUAGCUUUAUUUUAUAUAACCUCAUUUCUUUGUUUAAAAACUCACUCCCCCCACCCCUAUAGUUUUAACUCCUAUGUUUGAAAUACUGACUUCGUGAAAAUUUUAACUGAUGGAGGGGAAAAGUGUCACCAACCCACUGAGACCUUCUGGAAGUGCUGUGGUGUUGCCUAAAUACUUUCCCAUCAGCACCAGAUAAUAUCAACUUUCAAUUUGUAGAAUUCCAGAGGUCAAGAGCUGUAGGGAUUUUUGCAUGUACUUGGGGACAAGUAUGUGGGGGAAAGAAGGACUGGAAGUAAUACUGUGCUUUUUAUUUCUUUAUCAUCCCAAUGCAAAUGUUGCCUGUCAGAUGACCUGACUUUUGGGGUGCAUACAUGAGGGAUGCAAGUGAAUUCACAAUUUCAAGGCACCUGCUACUUAGAUGAACGUGUCUAACAAAGUCAGCAGUAAACAGACCUAGUAAGUUGGGUGACUUCAUUCCAUCAUGUUUUAGGGAAAGGGUGAAGCAAGUGGAAAGGAAGAGGUGACCUUCCUCCAAAGCUCUCAGCAUACAAGGGGUCAGAGAAGUCUCCCCGCUGCCCUUGGCUCUCCAGUACCAUCUGUCUCUCUCCUGCCAGAGAUGCUGGCUCAACUCUGGGGUCAAGCUAGUAGCAUGAGACUAGAGAGGCGGUGUGGAAAUUUGCUGAGAAGCUUAAAAUUUUGCACUGCCUUAAACUGUUUUGCUUUGUUUUUGCUUCACUUGUGCUCUCUAAAUUUGGGUACCCCGUGGCAGAGUCUGGACACCCUGACCUACAUAUAGCCCUGCCAAUGAUUAUGAAAAAAUAGAACUUUUUUUUUUCCUGUUUAGAUGGACUUGGAGUCUGUAAAGCGAGGGAGAUAUCAAAUAUUCCACUUCUUCCUAUUAGCCUCUUUGACAAACCUAGAAAAUAACUCACUAGAAUUCUGAAGCUCAGAAUAUCUGGCUAUUAACUUCCAAAUAUGAGGCCACAAUAUUUAGGUUAAGCACUAUAAAAUCAUCAUUUUUGAAGUGGAAGGAGACUUGAACUUAUAGGAUUUUUUUCUUCCCAUUAUAAGAAAAUGGAUAUUCUCUGCCUUUACCCUCAUCCUUGGCUUGUCGUUUGACAUUUUCAUGUGCAUUCAAAAGAUGAGACACUGGAAUAUAUGCAUGAAUAGAAACCUUCAAACAAUACAAACCCAGCUUGUGUUCAAUAAGGAAAAAUACUUCUCUUUCCUUCUUUUGGUUUUCUUCUUUCUGGUGACAGCAUUUUUUAUUUCUUUUAUCUCUAACACCUAAGGAAUAAAAUAACAUGUUAAAGAUGGAUUUAUAAUAUCUGUGAGAAAUUGAGUAAUAUACAAAGCCCAUGACUAUAACUUUUUAAAGCACAAAAGAGGAAUUAUAUUUUAUGGUCACUCAUGUACCUAUCUCUGUAUUCCUACUGAUCCCUACAUUGUGCUAAAAUUUUUACUGAUUCUGCCUUUCAGUUGGAACUGUGGGAUCCAAUCAAUGACACAAAGCUGUCUGGGAGUUUUAUAGAAUAAUAUCCAAAUAUAUUGAUUCUGUCUCUUACUGCUUCUAUGUAAUUAGACUUUUUGCAGAUAUUUGUCAUUUUGAAAUGUGUGUUUCACACCAUACCAAUAAACAUCAAAGAGAUGUGAUUUAAUCCAGGGCAGAAAAAAAUCAGGUAGAUAAUGCCUGUUUUUUCUCUGCCCAGUAAGAGGAACAAAAAAAUUAUGCUAAUAAUUUUCAAUGGUUUAACCAAAAUGAUUUAACUGAAAAGGAAAAAAAAAAGGGGGAAUGUCAUGGUUUUAAUUUGAAAGUACCUUUGGGCGAGGUCUUAGAAGGUAGCUAAACAGAGCACAAGGAUGCAAGGGAGAGGGUCUGGACAUUGCAUGCAGUCUCAAGAAUAGAACCUUUUCAAAAUAUUUUACAGGAAAUAUAUUGUCAUCCAGCUGUUAGGGGUAAGAAUGAAAAGAUAUUAGGGGAAAUCAGUGUAUGGGCCAGAUUGCAAGGCACUGGGACAAGGACAGAGGAGCAGCUCCUGUCCACCCACAGGACCUUGGCAGGCUUGCAGCCCUCCCACGCCUGACACCUCCUGUGGUGCUUUCCUUGGUGUCUGGGCCACGUGAAGCAAACACUCUCAUUUUCAUAGCCCUCUGUCAUCUGCACUUUGGCACCUACUCCCAAAGGAGGAUUAUCAUUUAGAUCUCCCGUCAGGAUGACACAGUGAUAGGCAGAAGUGACACUUUGAACCUGACCCUUUGGAACACAGUCACCACGUGGUCUGCAUGGUUAGAGUUCUCCUUACUCUCCUGCUCUCACAAGCACUUCCACCAGAGGCUCUUGGAUGAUUACAUAAGCAGACUUGUAUACAUUUUCCUUCUCUGUUCUAGAGUAUGAGAAAACAUGCGUACAUUUGUGUUUACACAUGCAUGUACCCCCCCACACACCCCCGUACCUCACAUUAAAUAUGCCCAUGGAAAAAAGGGAGAAGACUGAUUGGAUUGGGGUGGGGAGUGGCAGAGUGUGCCUUAACCGUGGCUUGGCUCCCACUUCCUUAUGUAUUUCCAUGUAUGUUGUCACAUUACAAAUGUCACCAUGUCUUUUCUAAGUUGUACCUUUAUCAUCAGCAAGAACUCUUAUAAAUGUAGCAAAUGUGACUAUUUUAUAGAAAUGCACAAUAGUAUAUAGGCCUUGGAGAAGUCUGAUAAUGGUAUGUAAAUAUCUUUUGUUGAAGUCAUAGAACCUUCUGGUAGGAAGGUCCUUAGCUGAUAGCUACAGGAUUAGGGCUGUCAGCUCAUAGAAUUGAGAGCUACAGAGUUGGGGCUGUCAGCUCAUAGAAUAAGAAUGUUUGUUUCUCCAGAGAAUUCCAGUAUUCAAGGAAGCAAGGGAUCAAUUUGUUGCUGUCUCUCAUUCAGUCUCAAGCACGAAUCCCAAGGACUUUCUCAUUGGUAGAUCACUAUUGAAGUCCUCCCAUAACAUACAGGAUUCACAAUUCAGGAGGACUGAUGGCCGCUAGGGUACAUCAUAGAAACAUGAGAAAAAGAGAAUAGGCAACUGUAGCUCCAUAGAAAAGCCUGCUUCAUCUUUAAAACGUCUGGAAUAUUUCUAGAACUCUAGUUACCAGACAGCAUAGUUGGUCUAAAAAUUUUGGCGGGGUGGAGUUUUUCUUUGGUCUCCUUAAGUCUAGUAUUGCACAUGUGUGCAAACUGUUUCUUGAGACCAAAAUUUCAGAGAUUAGAGAUAAGAAGAAAAUAAAACCUCAUAUAUUCUUUUUUUCAUAUAAUGCAGUCAUGGAUGUAAUGAUUCUGGAAAACAUUUUAGAUUAAACUAUAAAAUUGAAAUCACCUUUGAAAUGUGUAUGGACAUCUUCCUAUUAAAGCCAACACUCCAUUGGCAGGAAGUGUGGGGAAAACCAGUGUCGUUCUUCUCUUUUUUUUUUUUUUUUUUUUUUUUUUUUUUUUUUUUUUAGAGUUUCACAUACAAUGUAGCAGGUAAGAAAGAGAACUUUAAUUGGUACUUUUUAUAGUGUGACUUGAAAAAAAAAUAGUAUCUAUCUCUGUUGGCUCUGCUGAGUUGUUUCUUUCCACAGAAACUAAAUGUAAUGUCAAAAGAGAAGGUUUUCUGUAAAAACAUCUCCUUUUCUUUGGUGCGUUCAUUGUAAUUAUGGCUGGCAGUGAGAAGGUUCAGUGAGUCUCAAUUUCUCUACCUCCCUAACUUGGAGAAAAUUUGGAAAUGUACCCUGUGAAUAAAAUGACUUUUUUAAAAAA